AUGGACUGCGGUGCAAUUUCAUCUCUCCAGAACCUGCAGGCUCUGUCUGCUUUAUUAUCCACCCAGCAGGAGGAGCAAGAGGAGGAGGAGGACUGUAAAAAUGUGACAGCCAGUGCACGGCUGGGUCCUGGACAGAUUGGCGCCCCACCAAAAAAAGAUAAAGAAGAGUCGGCUGCCAAUGUGAAGAAUAAAGAUAUCUGGACUGAAGAGGAGGUGGCUGAGGGAUCCCAGUAUGACGACCUCGCUGACCUGCGGCCACAGCCUGAGUAUGAAAUAAUCCUGAAGCAGAGUGUGGGGACAGAGGAUCUGUUCUUGGGCCUGAGCAGAAAGGAUCCAUCCUCCAUGUGCUGUGAAGCCAUGCUGGUAAAAAUCAAACUCCCAGACACUAAAGCAACAGAUGUGGUCCUGGAUAUAAAAGAAAAGUUCCUUGAUCUACGGACACCAAAAUAUAAACUGGGUCUCCAUCUCCCACAUCCGAUCCACAACCAGGAGGGAAAGGCCCAAUUCUUCAGUGAGAGGGAGGAACUACAGGUGACUCUGCUAAUGAAGCGUCCCAUGGACUCUAUCAACAUGCAAUAA